CCCCCUGGCCGUGCCAUGCGCACUGACGCUUGUUGUUGUUGAGCUGGUUGUUAUGGCUGGACAAGGCCUCGGACUAAACUGAGAGAGGUCCACCCCCUCCCGCACCACCCCGUCUCCGCCACGGGACACCCGCCACCCAUGGAGGGCACGGACAUGGACGUGGACGCGGAGCUCAUGCAGAAGUUCAGCUGCAUGGGCACCACGGACAAGGACGUCCUCAUUUCGGAGUUUCAGAGGCUGCUGGGCUUUCAGCUCAACCCGGCCGGCUGCGCCUUCUUCCUGGACAUGACCAACUGGAACCUGCAGGCUGCUAUCGGUGCUUAUUAUGACUUUGAAAGUCCCAAUGUCAACACGCCAUCCAUGUCCUUUGUUGAAGAUGUGACAAUUGGUGAAGGAGAGUCUGUUCCUCCAGAUACACCGUUCACAAAAACCUGGAGAAUACAAAACACAGGUGCAGAGUCGUGGCCACCUGGAGUUUGUCUCAAAUACAUAGGUGGGGAUCAGUUUGGGCAUGUAAACACAGUUAUGGUAAAGUCACUAGACCCCCAGGAAAUAUCAGAUGUGAGCGUGCAGAUGCGAAGUCCCACAACUCCAGGCAUGUAUCAGGGCCAGUGGAGGAUGUGUACGGCCACUGGAUUAUUCUACGGAGAUGUAAUCUGGGUGAUUCUUAGUGUAGAAGUUGGAGGUCUCCUCGGCGUGACCCAGCAGCUGUCCUCCUUCGAGACAGAAUUCAAUACCCAACCCCAGCGCAAUGUGCAGGGAGACUUCAACCCCUUCGCCUCGCCACAGAAGAACAAGCACGACGCGACUGACAACAGCUUCAGAGAUCCUGGCGGGGCGUGGGAACGCACGCAGGAGCCAAUCCAGCAAGAUCAAAAUGGACUGUCUCAUAAUGCUGUAAAUAGGGCGUCAAAUGGUCUUCAAACCAACCUUUCUGUGGUGACUUAUGGUCAGGGUAUUCACGGACCCUAUCCAUUUGGACAGAGCUAGAAUGACAAAGACUUCCCCCCUCACACACCAUGGUGGAUGAUGAGCUUAACACCCUGGGAGUCUUUACGUGCAGAGGAGUCGGAGGGGGGGAGGAACAGUUGUUUUAUAUUGACUCAUGACAACCCUCUCCCCAACCCUAUGGCCCUUUCCACAGAAACACAAACUACAGUGAGGUGAUGGAUUACAACCGCUACAGUGAAAACAUCCCACCUGACGUCAACACCCGGAUUCGCAUGUGUGAAUGCUUCAUUUAAGAGUGCUAUAAAACCUUAAAAAUAGAUACACACGACUAUUUUUUAUUUCCACUGUAAAACGAGCCUAAUUAAAGGGAAAAUCAGCCCUAAACAACCAACGUACAAUUUGGUAUUCCCAUGGAUAAUUGAAUACUUUGUCUCUUCAGGGUUCCUACACAGGUGUGGAAAAGUUUGGAAAGCUGCUGAAAAUUAAACAAAAUGAAUUCUGAUAAUUUUGUGGCCUUAAAAAGUGUUAAAGAGAUACUGAAAAUUGUGGGAUGUAUGAUUUAGGUGGGGGAGAAGUGUUUGGAUUUUCAAUUUUCCUCUUAAUGAAAGCCUUACACCAGUUUUACACACAAACCUACAAAUGAUGUGGGAUGUCAAACUUCAGAUAUGAUAGGUAUGACACGUUUUACCAGACUGUUGGUCACCAGAGUGUGCUAUUCAUUUAAUAAACCACAGAAUUACUCUUAGAUAAAUUGGUGCCUGGUCAAUUUAGAUGGGAUGGACAGUUGAGGCGUUUACAUUUUGUGAGCAUUCACAUCAUGACUUGAGCUUGCAAAUUAUUUUUUUACCUGGGUGUCUUCUGUUGUCUGUAACAGCUAUUUUCCCAAGGAUUUGUCUGAAAGAGAGUCAGUCAUUAAGAUAGGCAAUGUUUCAUCCACCACAUACCCAGCCACAAGCUUCAUUACGUCUCUGUAGCUUGUAGACUGCAGCUGUCCACCAUUAAAAUCCAGAUUGAGUUGUUCAGUAAUUGUAGGGCCACAGCUAUCCUCCGUGGCCGCUGAGGGCUCAUAUUGAGUGAGGUGAAUUUCCACAAGAUUCUCAUUCUGCUGUCGCCGUAGGUGUUUGAGGAGGUUUGAGGUUGUGUGGAAAUAGUCCUGGAACAGUAAUGUUCUUGUCGUCGUCUUUUCUCCCGACAAACUCGACGUAAAGCUGCUGAAUGUUUCCAUCUUCUAAGCUGCUUGGUAACAUGAACUAGAAUGAUUAUGAAAUUUAAUCAGAGGAUGUGAUUGAAUGUUUGAUUUCAGAUCAGUAGGAGGGUUGACAGCAGAAGUAAGGUUGUAAUGAGUUAUUUGUUUUAAGGGUAACUGUAAUAUUAUUACUUAACUUUUGUUGGUAAUUUGCUACACUACUUGUUACUGAAAAGUAGUAAUAUUACUGCCCAACACUGGUGAGGGGCAGAUAUGAUGUGAGGCGUCCAUAGGAGAGAGCUGUUAGAGAACUUUCCAGUUGCAGUUACAACUUGGAUGUUGAUGUGAACAUUAUUCAGAUUGGAAACGAGGAAUUACAGUAACUUCGUAUUAACUCUUGGAUUCUGCUUUUACAGUGUCAGGUUCAGCAUUACGUGCACCAAUCUGGUAAUGUUUUCUUUAUUCAGUCACAUGAAUUAUUCAGAUGGUUUGUGAUCUAUUAUAGAAAAGACAACAAAGUGCUUAAAAUUACUUUGAGAACAUAUGAUGUGCUGUCAGUGGAGAACAGUUAUAUUUAUAGCUGAAAGGAAAAGAAGUUGCCGCUGAUAUCGGUUUCUGUACAUUUAUUACUCAAAUCUUACUAUUGUAUUUUCAUUGUUGAUUAGUCUGAUUAUUUUUGUGUUUACUUAAUUUGUUGUUUGCUCUAUAAAAUGUCAGAAAAUUGUUAAAAAAUAAUGUCAGUCAGUGUUUCCCGGGACCCAGAUGACAUCCUCAAACAUCUUGAUUUGUCCGCAACCCAAUUUUUUUUUUUUAGUUUAAUGUCAUAUAGUCGUUAAAAAACAGAAAAUAUUCACAUUUAACAAGCAGGAGUCAGAGAAUUUUCCCUUUUUUUCCCCUUAAAAAUGACUCGAAUUAGAUUAGAUAUCAGAUUAAUUAAUUAUCACAUUUGUGGCCGAUUAAUUUAAUAGUUGAAAAAUAGAUUAAACAAUGCAGCUCUAGUAACUAUCCUUUCAGGCUAAAACUGAGCAGCUUUGGACCCUCCUUUCACCCAGACUGAUUUUUUUUAUAUUUGCACAAAGACAAACUAAAACAAUAACAUGCAAACAAUAAAUUCAACAAUUGUUAUCUGACUUAUUAGAGAUUUUUUUUAUAUAAACUCACUGCCAAUAACCUUAAAAACACACUUUGUUUCCUGUGAUACUUUCAUUUAGUCUCAAAGAAACAUAACAGUCAGACCACUGUCGUUGUUAAAUUAAAAAAUAAAUCUUUAUCAUGUUUUAGUUUUGAGACUUUAAUCAGACACAUUGAACGCCACAUAUUCACGCUCAAAGAUAUUCAAAUCUAGUAGCAAAUAUCCUCCACUUCAACUUCUGCAAAGUAUAUGGACCAUACCUGUGUAGGAACCCCGUCUCUCCCAAAGAUAAAACCCAGAGAACUACAACACUAACCUGUGUCAUGUGCAGGUUUCCCAAUUCACACUGCAUGGGAUGUGUGUGUGUUUUUUUCUUUCUUUUUUAGGGUGGGUUUUCGCUUUAAAUAGAUGCUGAAGCGCAAAAGGAUGCGAGUGAGUUUUGAGCAAGUGAGGUGUGAGGAAGGGUUUAAAAAAGCCAUCUAAAUCUAUUUUGCCUGGUGAGUGACUGUAGUUUCUGAGUCCAUGUCUACAGUAUGUGUAAUAGAUAUAUAUGUAUGCGUGUGCGUGUGUGUGUGUGUGUGUGUGUGUGUGUGUGUGUGUGUGUGCGUGCGUGCCUGUUAAGUGUGCAUGUAUGUUAUGGUUUCUCUUUGGAUUUAACUGACAAGAAAAUGGUGUAUACUACUUGGGCGAUGGAUGACGUGUCGAUUCGCACACACACAUCCAUAUUGAGAGAGCUUUACUUGGGCGUGUACCUCUGAAGUAUUGUCGAGUGAUUCUGCACCAUUUGGAUGAACUGACUCACUAAUUGCCCUGAUGUAAUUAUUUAUUUGCUGUCUUAUUGUGCACUGCAGAUGCAAAAAAAAAGAAAAAAAAAGAAAAUUGCAUUUACAGCCAGCAGGUGGUGCUAAAAAAUCAGAUGACCAACUUCAACCUGACAUCAUGCUGAGUACAGUGUAAAGAGAGGAGUGAUAUGAAAAUGAAUGGUUUGCAUCAGCUUUAUUAGCACUGAUGUUCUGUUACUGCUAUUUGCACAAACCUGUCUACCACUUCUGAGGAGGAACAUUUUGUUUUUGGCUUAUUGUGGAUUGUCAUACCAGCAUUUUCCAGAAAGUUUUAUUGGUUUGUUUUGCCUAUCUGUUCUCCCUCUAAAGGCCUAUGUUCUUCACAGCUUUAAAGUUUGUUUCCACAAAGUUUUAAACAUUACUUUCACGCCUGCACCGAUGUCUGGUUUUAAAAAUGAAGAUUUAUUCAUGUCUAUCUUGAUCACACUUUUUGUUUUAUUUUUGCAUACCUGGAAAUCACAGUCUGUCUGCUAUCACAAAUGGAUUUUUACUUCAGCUUUGCUAUGUUCAUUUAUGUCAGACGGUGGAUUUCAUCAUGUAUUUUGGGCUUUAAAAUAAAGUGGGAAAAGUUGUUGAUGGAA